ACCUGGGCGUGCAACAGUUUUGCAAUCUAUUUUGCGUACAUUUUGCAUUUAGUCCCUUAGACUUAUGUGCAUUUCAUUUUACCUCUCUGUCUCUUCUACUCUCAGGUAUUUCUCCCUCAGCGGCCGAAUCCUCGCACGCCUCCAUCCCUGCGCAUCCCCGCACGCCCGUGUGCCUCGCGCCGCAUCCCCGCCUGGUGGCGCCGUAAUCCCGCUCUCCGGCCACCGGCGACGAGCCUCCGUCCCUGCUUGCCGGCCGCCAACGACAAGUUUCCACCCCUGCGACGCGGAUCCAGGCUCCAGAAACUCCCUGUUAGUGUACCAUCCUGGGCUUACCAUAAGCCUCAGGUCGCGAGAUCCUGCUUGUAGAGGAGCCGACGCGAUGCCGCCGAGGAGGAGGCGGCGAGCCCCCGCCAAACCGCAGUCGCAGCCGGAUCCGCAGCAGCAGGAGUCUCCAGGCGAGGACGCGCCAUUGGAGGAGCGGCUGGCGUGGGACAGCCACCAAGAAAGUGAGUGCCGUAUUACUGCCAUCAAAGCGAUAAAAGAUGCAGAGGCUGGGAACAUGGCUGGGAACAUACGUUCUCAGUUGCAAUUACUGCGGUCCUAUUUUUCCAAGGAGCAACUAGAGGCAAAUGCCUUGGAAUAUUUUAAAGAGAACUUGCCCAAUUUAUCUAUUGUCCCUAGUGAAAAAUAUGAUGUCCUUGAGUUGAAAUGGAAUGAUGGCGACAAAUGCAUACUUGGAGACUUUAUAGAUGACAAGAUUCUGCAAGCUUCGAUUGCAUCAUUGCCAGCUGCUGGCGGCCUUCAAUUCCCAGGGAAUUCAGUUGGGAAGGACUUCUACAGACGCACUAGCAGUUUCAGCGAUUUUGGUUGGAGUGAAAUACCUGAAUGGCAAAUGGCAGGAACAUCAGAUGCUUUUCAGACACCUGGGGCUGUGAGUAACCGGCUGUCCUUCGGCAAGGUUACCCAAGAAUGGCGAUAUGCUCUUAUCUGUGCACGGUUCACCUCUUGGGGUCUCCAAAGAAGAAAAUCUAGCAGCUAUUCAGGAAUCUGGUAAUGGAGAUGAAGAUGCUCCCUCCUGAUGCACUAGAUGUACCAGUAAGAAAGUUGUGUGAUUGAAUAAUUACUGUGGUGACACAUAUCAGGUUGAUCAUUACUUACGUUGCAGGGUGUUGCCAGCCAUUGAGUUCGUAACCGUAGGCGUUGCUGAUAUUUGUUCUCUGUUAACAAAUUGUGCAGCACUGCCAUCGUGUGGCUAGUCAAUGGUAUGGCGCCCAUAUCUUAAGGACUAAAGCUGACAACCGCCAUAGAAGUAUCUCUAAUAUCUUGGUUACUAGGCCUUAGAGCAUGUAUUGGAUAACCAAUGGCAGUAACUGAUAGGCUGAUUGGGAAAGAACGUCAGUUGUUAUUGGCACCUCGCUACUAAAUGUACCCUGAAUUCAGUGUAUUUAGGCAACUCUGUGGUUUGUUCCAAAAAAGUACAACCUGUAAUUUGAAUUUGAUGAACCCCUGUUGUAGGAUGCCGGCUUCUUUCUGCAGAAAUUGCGCUUUAAGCUGUGUUGUUGGUUUGCUGCCAGAGGUCGGCAAAAACAGUUCUAGAGCUC